GAGGCAUCACAACAGUUCUCUCUUCCUUGCUAGUGCUAGUUAGCAUGUCUGCUAAUGCAGCUAUGUUACUCGUAGACGACGUUCAUUUAUGCGCAAACCUACCACUCUUAAACGUUUUAAGGCAUAAAACAAAUGUGUCUGUGCUUUCAUAAUGUAUGUUAAUUUACCACGAAUGUAUAAGAGAAGACUAGCUCGCUUAGGCGACUUUAUUCGUCUGACGGCAAUGUUUAGGUGCGCAACAGACAGCUAAUGCUAAGCUAGCACCGAUUUAAUUAGCUUCCUGCUUGUUGCCCCUUUGAGUACGAGCAGUUGAACAGGGUGAAUGCAUCACCCGACUACGCGAGCUUGCUAUUAGCAUCCAGUUUGGGUGGUAUUCUUAAGAAGAAGCAAAGUGUGAGCUAGGCGCUGAUAACUUUGUUGGAAACGCAGAAACCCGAAGAAACAAAGAUGAUAGCAUGUCGGACUGACCCUGCCCUACGUCUCAGGUGAACACUUCCCGGCCUGGCCUACCCGACUGUUUACGGAGGAUGGGAGCACACUCAUCACUAGCUGCUGCCUUUUUCUGUGUUUUGGAUUUUCUCACAAGCCUCAUUAUGAAUCAAGACAUGAUCACUGCUAUGUGAUACAUUUCUCAUCGACGGAAGAUUUGCAGAAUAAUCAUGGACGUGGAGGAACUUCCCCAAGACGGUUGCUGUUAAAUCAUGGAUCCUUGAUGUCAACUCUUUUAUUUUGAGCGUAUUGGUUUUUGUUUUUGUUGUUUGUUUGUUUUGUUUUUGUGAAUGACUUGCUUCCCCGGAUUCACUUCGAGAUGGCUGCGUUCGCCGAGUUCGUUCCCCCUCCCGAGUGCCCGGUGUUUGAGCCGAGUUGGGAGGAAUUCUCGGAUCCUUUAGGAUUCAUCAACAAGAUCCGACCGAUUGCAGAGAAAACGGGCAUCUGCAAGAUCAGACCUCCCCAGGACUGGCAGCCUCCGUUUGCCUGUGAUGUUCGCAACUUCCGCUUCACCCCGAGAGUGCAGAGACUCAAUGAACUUGAGGCGCUCACUCGAGUUAAACUGAACUUCCUGGAUCAGAUCGCAAAGUUCUGGGAGCUGCAAGGAUCCAAGAUUCGUUUCCCUCAUGUAGAGAGAAAGAUUUUGGACCUCUAUCAGCUCAGCAAGAUUGUGUCGUCUGAAGGCGGAUUUGAGACGGUGUGCAAAGAGAAGAGAUGGUCCAAAGUGGCGACUCGCAUGGGCUUCCCAUCGGGAAAAGGCACCGGUUCUCUUCUGCGUUCGCAUUAUGAGAGAUUCCUUUACCCUUAUGAACUCUUCCAGUCUGGUGCUACCCUUACCGGCAUCCAGCGGCUGUACGAUGAGGGAGCAGAUGGGGAAGAAAUGGAUGAGGGUGUCGGGGAGGAUGCGAUGGAGGAAGAGGAGCAAGAAGAGGAGGAUGAAAACGACAAGGAGAAAGACAAAGAGGGUGACGUGACUCAAACCAAAGAUCGGCUUCCAUCAGAGAGGCGAUCCAGACGACUGAAGUCGGAGAGGGAAAACAAGGAGCCCAAAAGUCUCAAAAUCUUCGGAACUAGUCCCAAGAUGGUCGGAUUGGAGAUUGUAUCAGCUGACGAUGGAUUCAUUAAGAAGCAGCGGCAUCUCAAAGCCCAGGCCUUCGCCAUUAAGAUGAGACCACGCAAGGAGACUCUGGAGGUCAACUUUAUUGAUCUUUAUUUCUGCCUGGUGUGCGGACGAGGCGACGAGGAAGACCGGCUGCUGCUGUGUGACGGCUGUGACGACAGCUACCACACUUUCUGCCUCAUUCCACCCCUGCAGGACGUGCCCAAAGGAGACUGGAGGUGCCCGAAGUGUGUCGCUGAGGAGUGCAGUAAGCCCCGAGAGGCUUUUGGCUUUGAGCAGGCUGUGAGGGAGUACACUCUGCAGAGUUUCGGUGAAAUGGCCGACCACUUUAAAUCCGACUAUUUCAACAUGCCAGUUCACAUGGUUCCGACAGAGUUGGUCGAGAAGGAGUUCUGGCGCCUGGUCAGCAGCAUCGAGGAGGACGUUAUCGUAGAGUACGGCGCUGACAUCAGCUCCAAGGACGUGGGCAGUGGUUUUCCUAUGAAGGACGGCAAGAGGAGGCUUCUGGGAGAUGAAGAGGAAUAUGCAAACUCAGGCUGGAACUUGAACAACAUGCCAGUACUGGAACAGUCCGUUCUCACACACAUUAAUGUUGACAUAUCAGGCAUGAAGGUGCCCUGGCUCUAUGUGGGCAUGUGUUUCUCCUCGUUCUGCUGGCACAUCGAGGACCACUGGAGCUACUCUAUCAAUUUCCUUCAUUGGGGAGAACCCAAAACCUGGUAUGGAGUGCCAGCCUCUGCAGCAGAGAAACUAGAGGCUGUCAUGAAAAAGCUGGCUCCGGAGCUUUUUGACUCUCAGCCAGACCUUCUGCAUCAGCUGGUCACCAUCAUGAAUCCCAACGUCCUCAUGGAUCACGGCGUCCCCGUUUACCGAACCAAUCAGUGUGCAGGGGAGUUCGUGGUAACCUUCCCGAGGGCCUACCACAGCGGCUUCAACCAAGGCUACAACUUUGCAGAAGCUGUGAACUUCUGCACCGCAGACUGGCUGCCGUUGGGUCGUCAGUGUGUCGCCCACUACCGCCGCCUCCACCGCUACUGCGUCUUCUCCCACGAGGAGCUCUUGUGCAAAAUGGCGGCCGAUCCCGAGAACCUCGACGUGGAGCUGGCGGCGGCUGUCUUCAAAGAAAUGGACGAUAUGAUAGAGGAGGAAACGAAACUGAGGCAGGCUGUCCAGGAGAUGGGAGUGCUCUCAUCAGAGCAGGAGGUUUUCGAGCUCGUUCCAGACGACGAGCGUCAGUGCUACAAGUGUAAGACGACGUGUUUCCUGUCUGCGCUGACGUGUUCCUGCAGCCCGGACAGGCUCGUCUGUCUCCAUCACGCUAAGGACCUCUGUGACUGUCCCCUCGGCAGCAAGUGUCUUCGGUACCGUUACGAUCUGGAGGAGUUUCCGUCCAUGCUGUACGGCGUGAAGACGCGGGCCCAGUCCUACGACACCUGGGCCAAGCGGGUCGCAGAGGCUUUAGCGGCAGACCAGAAAAACAAGAAAGAUCUAAUAGAGCUCAAGGUUUUGCUGGAGGACGCCGAGGACAGGAAGUAUCCCGAGAACGCUUUGUUCCGCCGCCUGAGGGAGAUGGUGAAGGAGGCAGAGACGUGCUCCUCUGUGGCCCAGCUGCUGCUCAGCCGCAAGCAAAGGCACAGCAGCCGCCUUCGUUCCGACAGUAGCCGCAACCGCACCAAGCUGACCGUGGACGAGCUCAAGGCUUUUGUGGAGCAGCUCUUCCGGCUGCCCUGCAUCAUCAGCCAGGCGCGACAAGUCAAAGAGUUACUGGAGACAGUGGAGGACUUCCACGAGCGAGCGCAAGUGGCUCUGUCCGACGAGAUGCCCGACUCCUCCAAGCUGCAGGAGCUUUUGGACCUGGGCAGUGGCCUGGAUGUGGAGCUUCCUGAGCUGCCCAAGCUAAAGCAGGAGCUGCAGCAGGCCCGCUGGCUUGAUGAGGUCCGUGGCACCCUUGCUGAGCCGCACCGCGUCACUCUGGAGCUAAUGAAGCGGCUGAUAGACUCAGGAGUCGGCUUAGCGCCGCAUCACGCUGUGGAGAAGGCAAUGGCAGAGCUACAGGAAGUCCUCACCGUCUCAGAGAGAUGGGAGGAUAAAGCACGGGCCUGCCUGCAGGCUAGGCCUCGCCACAGCAUGGUGACGCUGGAGAGCAUUGUGCUGGAGGCAAGGAACAUCCCGGCGUAUCUGCCUAAUGUUCUGGCUCUGGAAGAGGCCUUGCAGAAGGCCAAGGACUGGACCUGUAAGGUGGAGGCCAUCCAGAGCGGAAGCAGCUACGCCUACCUGGAGCAGCUGGAGAGCCUGCUGGCCAGAGGCCGCUCCAUCCCCGUGCGGCUCGAUCCACUCGGACAAGUGGAGUCUCAGGUGGCCUCGGCUCGAGCCUGGAGGGAGCGGACCGCCCGCACCUUCCUCAAGAAGAACUCCACCUACACUCUGCUGCAGGUUCUCAGUCCUCGUGUGGACAUCGGCGUGUACAGCAACAGCAAGAGCAAGCGGAAGCGCGUCAAGGAGCUCAUGGAGAAGGAGCGGAGCGGCUACGACCCCGAUGCCCUCAGCGACCUGGAGGAAAGCCUGGAGGAGGUCCGAGACCCCUCGGCCGUGGUGGCCGCCUUCAAAGCCAAGGAGCAGAAGGAAGUGGAGGCCAUCCACUCGCUCCGCGCCGCCAACUUGGCCAAGAUGGCCAUGGCGGACCACAUUGAGGAAGUCAAGUUCUGCCUGUGCCGGAAGACGGCCAGCGGCUUCAUGCUGCAGUGUGAGCUGUGUAAGGACUGGUUCCACGGCGCCUGCGUCCCUCUGCCCAAGAUGGGGACGCAGAAGAAAGUGGGCGUCAGCUGGCAGAGCAACAGCAAAGACUCUAAGUUCCUGUGUCCGCUGUGCCAGAGGUCGAGGAGGCCGAGACUGGAGACCAUCCUGUCAUUGUUGGUCUCUCUGCAGAAGCUGCCGGUGCGUCUGCCGGAAGGAGAGGCGCUGCAGUGUUUAACGGAGCGGGCUAUGAGCUGGCAGGAUCGAGCACGUCAAGCUCUGGCUACCGAGGAGCUGUCCUCAGCUCUGGCGAAGCUUUCCGUGCUCAGCCAGCGGAUGGUGGAGCAGGCGGCGAGGGAGAAAACCGAGAAGAUCAUCAACGCAGAGCUGCUGAAAGCGGCCGCCAACCCUGACCUGCAGGGUCACAUCCAGACCUUCCAGCAGUCUGGUUUCAGCAGAGCGGCUUCACCUCGGCCGUCUGUGGACUACGAUGACGAGGAAACAGAUUCAGACGAGGACAUCAGGGAGACUUACGGUUACGACAUGAAGGACCCAGGUGAGGUGAAGCCCUACCUGUUUUGUGAUGAAGAGAUCCCCGUGAAGUCUGAGGAGGUGGUCAGUCACAUGUGGCCCGCCGCCACACCUUCAUUCUGCGCCGAACACGCCUACUCGUCAGCUUCCAAGUCCUGUGUGCAGAAUCUCGGCACACCCAGAAAGCAACCGCGGAAGACCCCGCUGGUCCCCCGGAGCCUGGAGCCCCCAGUGCUGGAACUGUCCCUGCAGGCCAAGGCGCAGCUGGAGGACCUGAUGAUGCUGGGAGACCUGCUGGAGGUGUCCCUGGACGAGACCCAGCACAUCUGGAGGAUUCUGCAAGCCACGCACCCUCCCUCUGAGGAGAGAUUCUUGCAGGUCAUGGAGCCUGACAACUCGCUGCUGGAGAAACCGCUCAAAAUCAAAUUUAAAGAUUCUGAGAAGAAGCGAAAGCGGAAGCUGGAGAGAGCCGAGCAGCACCACAUGCUGAUGGCCACCGCCGGUGGCGCGACCGCCGCCGCCAUGGGAGACAUGAGGCUGCAGAAGUCCAAGGAGCUGAAACGGGUCGGCCUGGAGCUCGGCCUCGGCGGCAAGCCCAAGAAGAAGAAGCUGAAGCUCAACCUGGAAAAGAACCGGGAGAUGAAACAGCUGGCCAAGCGGUUGGCCAAGGAGGAGAAGGAGAGGAAGAGGAAGGAGAAGGCAGCCGCGAAAGCUGAGGCCAUCAAGGACGUCCUGGAGAAGAGGAAGGAGAAGAAGAUCCUGGACAUCCCGUCCAAAUACGACUGGUCGGGCGCCGAGGACUCCAACGACGAGAACGCGGUGUGCGCGGCGAAGAACUGCCAGAGGCCGUGUAAAGACAAGGUGGACUGGGUGCAGUGCGACGGCGGCUGCGACGAGUGGUUCCACCAGGUCUGCGUGGGCGUGUCGUGCGAAAUGGCGGAAAAUGAGGACUACAUUUGCGUGGACUGCUCUCAGAAGGCGGCGGGCGCGGUCGACGGAGCGACCCUGGAGGACGUGGCGGGGGAGAGUAUCGUGGUGUUGUCACCGUGCGGCGCAGCGGCCGUGGCUCCGUGGUCCGCCGCGUCCCUCUUAAACCCGGCGGCUUCACACCAACAGCAGGAGCCUCGGCAGGACAGCUAGCGCUAAAACCGGGGCGAGCGCGACUAGAAGAACUCUGCGUGGAGGCUUGUUCGGAGGAUUUCUGGUACCGUAUGGAUUACGAAGCACAAGAAGUGAUGAAUUCUCCGUGGUUUAAUGAGGAAAAAAAAGUUCUCUCUGACGUCUGAGAUGUGGUGAUGCUCCUCCUGUAAAAGGUGUCGGUCUACAACGACACUCACUCCCUCAACCCUCCCGCAGCCCUAAGAGAGGUCGGGGGGACCCCAUGCGCGCCUUUAAGAUUUUUUUUUUUUUUUCUCUCGUGGUUUUGGGAACUGACGGAGCAGUGAUAUCCGCUGAGCUCUUCCGGAACAUGGCGCUAAGACUGCAGGAGGGUUAAAUAGUUCUCUGGUUUUAUUAAUUUACAGUGAAGCACUCACACAUUUCCUCAAGCUGCUUGGUUUAGAGAUGAACAUGUUCCCAAUCCUGGGACAGUCUGUCCCACUCACUGUUGCCCUCUGACUCUCUGAUUAAAAAAAAAACAAACAAACAAAAAAAAAACAUCUCAGUGUGUAGGACUCAAGACUAGGAGGAAACAAAAAAAACUGUUAAAAUGUAGUGGGAAUUAUUUAUAAUGUAUAUAACUUUUAAACAGUUAAAAAAAUGGUUUGUGGCUUUUUGUUUUCUCACCUUUUAAUAAACGAUUCCUAGUCAAAUCGUA